AUGCUGUCGAGAUUGCCUGUGCGGGCUGCGCUCGAGCUGCGAGCCCUCUCCACAGCUCUUCCCAGCUCGACCUUCGCAGCACGAAGAGUAUACCUCCACCACGACUCCUCAACAAUUCAAUUCCGCGAAUCCCACCCUGAGAUCCCUCCCCGCCAAUCGACCCCCCAGGCCCCUUCGCCAGCUUCAUCAUCAACAACGACGACAAGGACGACAUCGUCAGCUCCUCUCAAUGACUUCCCUCCCGUCCCAGAAACCACCCUUCCGACGCCCAAACCCGCCAUUCCACCAACCUUUGACUCGCCUCUCACCCUCAACAACUCCAUCCUCUCUCUCCUGCCGCAGCUCACCGCCCAAGCACCACACUACAUCACCGCACACAUCCACGCGCGCCCCUACCUCCUCACAGCCGGCGACACCCUACGCCUUCCAUUCCUCAUGCCCGACGUCCAGUCGGGCGAUAUCAUCCGCCUAAAUCGCGCUUCGGUCAUCGGGUCCCGCGACUUCACGCUAAAAGGCGCGCCGUAUAUUGACGAGCGCAUGUUCGAGUGUCGGGUGCGGGUGAUGGGCGUGGAGGCGGAGCCGAUGCGGAUCAAGGAGAAGACGAAGAGGCGGCAGAGACAUGUGCAGCGGAUAAGGAGCAAGCACAAGUAUACGAUUAUGAAGGUUAUGGAUGUAAAAGUCAAAACGGUGGAGGACUUGGUGGCAGAGGGCGCACAGAUUGAGAAGUGA